AUGUCGACUAGCCCCGCACAACCUCCCGCGCCGCCACAGUCCGCUCCCGCCGACUCGGCACCUCCCCCUCCAUCUGCUUCCACCGCGUCUCCCGCCCCCGCGCUCCCUCGCAAAGCCGGCAAGACCUCACCAUCCCGUCGUCGUAAGCCACUCAGGCGGCGUGGCGCGCGCGUCGAGUCCGAAUCAGAGGAAGAGACGUCCGUUGCGCCCGCUGGCAAUGCGAGAGAUGGGACGGCUUCCGACUCUGAUUCCGACUUUGAACCGCCUUCCCCCGACUCUGCCGACGAGGACGACGAUGAGGACGACUCGGACGCGAUCGACGGCGCGCCAGAGCCAAAGACUCCUGCAGCCGCUUCCGUCGAGCAGCUCCCGCCUGUCGACCACGGCGACCGCAAAGCAGCCGUCUUGACCGCCCAACUCGCCCACCCGAGCUGGAGCGACAUGCCGGCGCCCGGGGAAGGCGGUGCGGAUGAACUCCCAACUCUCGACUUUGCGAAUCUCUCGAUCGACGGUGUUCAGGCGCUUCCUUCGCCUCGAGCUGCGGCCAAGGCGCCGGCCAAGAAGGCGCCCGUCGCGUCAGAAGCGUCGAAGGAGGAUAAGCCGCAGCUGAGCAAGAAGCAGCUGCUGUUGCAGAAGCGGGAGGCAAAGAGCGCGGCGCUCAAGGCAAAGGAUCCGGAAGCUUGGGCGUCCAGGGAGAAGGAAAGGCUCGAGAAGGAAGAGGCGAAGAAGGCGGCGCGGAAAGAGCGUGUCAAGGAGAAGCGGAAGGAGAAGAAGCUCAAGGAGAAGGCUGAGAAGGCUGCGGGUGUCGAGGGAACAGGCGCAGCGCCAGUUUCCGCACCGUCAGCCACUGCGGCACCGGCUUCUGGACCUGCUCAGCCCGCCAGGUCGACGCGUCCUCCCAAACCUGCCCGCCCCGUUGUUCCCUCCCGCCCGUCCCGCACCGCUCUCGCCCUUGGCCUCGUCAACUCGACUCCCGCAUCUCCUGCCUCCUCGUCUCCCACCGUCGCCGUCCCAAAAGCAAACUCGCAGGUCGCGCCGUCCGUUGUUCCCCUGACUGGCGCAAGCGAAACGACCCCCAUCGUUCCCCUCGCGACCCGCCAGCCCGCCUUCGUCCAGCGCGAUCAGGACGGUCGACCGAUCCCUCAGCCGAGCUUCUUCGAUGGUCCACCGCGUCGUCGCAGGUCCCUCGGAAAGGAAGAUCCCUUUGCUUCCUUCUGGCGAGGAAGCGGUCGUGGUGGAGCGGCGGGCCGCGGGCGCGGUCGAGGUGGUUGGCAGCGCGCGGUGCCCGAUCGGUCGGACGUGCAGACGCAGGACGAAGAGGCGGCGCCCACUUCUGAUGCGCAGGAAAUGGUCGGAUUGACAGCAGGCUCCGAGGCGUUUGCCAGUUCGCGUGGCCGUGGACGAGGUAGGGGCGGUCUGAGCGCUCGCGGAGGCAUCUCUGGACGCGGUGGUUUGGCGACUGGACCUCCCGGCGCGAUCAAUCCUCGCUACGCCCACCUUCCCUUCCACCCUCGACACCGCUUCCCCUCGCCUGCGCCUUCCUCGUCCGCCCAAUCGACGUCGAAGGAGCCCGUCGCACCCGAGGCGACCACAGCUGCACCGGACGAGUCGCUGUUCGACCGACCGGGACAAGGCCGGGACGAGUCGGCUAGCGUCAAACUGCCUGGCAAGCAGCAGGUUUCGCUCGCGAUCAAGGGUUCUGCGGCCAAGGCUGCGGACGCGGAGGCUGCUGAGUCCAAGGCUCGCGAGGAGCAGGAGCAGGCGAAGAAGCUGGCGGCGGAGCAGGCGGUCGCGGAGGACUUGGAGCGUCGUCGACAGCAGGGUGCGAGCGUACUCUACGCGGCGGAUCCGACCAGAUUCGCCUCGCCGCCCAUCGAGCCCGUCCAUCAGCCGGCUGUCUCGCUGCCGUCGUACGAGCAGCGCCGCCCGCCUGACGCCGCCAUCCACUCCUCGGUGAUGUACCAAGUCCCGCCGCACCUUCAAAGUUCCGCCGCCGCGGCGCAGCAGGCUGCCUACGUUCAUCGCCAGGACAGCCCGGUCUACUACGCCCCGCAUGCACCGCAGCCGUAUUAUUCGCCUGAAGCGUUCCCCCUCGUCCCCUCGCCUCCGGUUCCUACGCCUCCUCCGACUUUUCUUCCUGCCGCGCCCGCGGCACCCAGCUCGAGCUACUUCCUCCCGCCCCGCGCGAACAAGCGCGUCGAGAUCAAGGCGCCUUCGCGCGACGGCCAGUCGCCUGUGCCGGUCAAGACCGUCUCGAGCCCGAGCACGGAUGCUUUGACUGCCGCGCAGAGGGCUCGCAUCGAAGCGCUCCAGCGCGAAGAGGAGCAGCGUCGUCAGCAGUACGGCGACGCAGCUUCGUCGGUCGGCGCGGUCGCCGGCUCGAGCUCCCCCGUCUCGACUCGCGCACCUUUCCCGCCUUCGCCCCAGCAGCAGCGUCAACACCUCGCCUUCUCCCCGCCUGCCUUCUCGCCUGCCUCUGCGUACUAUCCCGCUGCCCCCUCCCCCAUGUACACUUCCUUCGCGCAGCAGCCUCCCCCUCCUCAAGCCUUCGACCCUUCCUCGCACCCCGCCUACGCCGACCAGUACGGCUUCUACUCUCCGCCGACGACUCAGCAGCACCACCAGCACCAGCAAGCGUAUCCCCUUCAGCACUCGUUCCAACCUUCCAUGUCGCCGCCUGGCACCACCUUCUACCACCAGCCUCACCUCGCCGAUGCCGGCAUGAUGCCACCCUCAGGCUACUAUGCCGUCCCCAAUCAUGCCGCGCACUACCCUCAGCAGCAUGGCUGGCCUACGCACUAG